AUGGGGUCCCCUGGCUUUCAGGGACCCCACUGGGUGGGAGUCUUGCUCUCAGCCUCGCUCCUGACUGUGUGGAGUCCGCCGGCCACGGCCCAGCUCGGCGUCCACGGCAGCACGCCGACCACCCACCGAAAUUUUCGGAAUAAGCCCAUCAUUUCAAUCAACCAAAACAGUGCCAUUGAGCAUAGGGAGAAGGUAGAAAUCAACUGUAUCACCAGUGAUGCCCAAGUUACCAUUCGCUGGAUCUUCGAAAGUGUCUCCCUGGUGCCCCACGAGCGGAUGCUCCUGUCCUCGGACAACAAGAUGCUCACCAUUCUCACUGUCCACCGGCAGGAUGCCGGAAAUUACCAGUGUGAAACCUGGAGUCCCCUGCUGGUUCAGAGGAGUGAUCCCAUCAGGUUGGAUGUGAGCUAUGGUCCAGACUCUGUUGAGAUCGAACUGGAUUCUGGUGUACACAGUGGGGAGGCGAUUGAGGUGUUGGAGGGCUCCACGGUGGUCUUGCAGGCAAAGACACAGUCUUCCCCAGAACCUGAGUAUUCCUGGUUACUUCCCAACUCCUUCACGCUGACUCCAUCUAACAGCACGUUGACCAUCCACAACAUCCUCAGGGAGAAGGAGGGCAGGUACCGAUGCUUAGUAUUCAACAAAGUCACCCAGCUGUCCAGCCUGAGAGCAGUGAAAAUCCAGGUCCUUGACAUAUUGACCAAGCCUCACAUCCUGUCCCCAAGUGCGAACUUAGUGGAGCAUGCCAGCUCUGUGAACCUGACCUGCCAGACAACCCACGAGAGGGCUGCUGUCCAGUGGUUCCUGAAUGGCCAGCCCCUCCUUCCCAGUGAGCGCUUGGAGCUGUCCCCUGACAACAACACUCUGGUCAUCUAUGGCCUCAGGCGGACUGACACAGGGCCCUAUGAGUGUGAAGUCUGGCACUGGGGUAGCCGGGCUCGGAGCGACCCCCUCCAGCUGACCAUCAACUAUGGCCCUGACCAAGUGAACAUCACCAGGAAUGGGCAUCACCAGGAGGUCGUCCAGGAGACACUCAACUCCACCCUGAUCCUGCAGUGUCAAGCUGAGUCCAAGCCAGGUGCACAGUAUCUCUGGACCCUUGAAGGUUCCACCUGGAUGUCUAACGGGGAGCAGCUGAGGAUCAACGCUCUGACUUGGGACAAUCAGGGCCUCUACAAAUGCACGGCCUCCAACCAAGUAACUCAACUGGCCCUCUCUGCCUCAGUCCUGGUCCAGGUGAUAGGUCCCCAGGCCUCCCUGUCUAUAGGAGUCAUCGUUGGCAUUGUUAUCGGGAUCCUUGCUGUACUUGCCCUGGCUGCAGGCCUGGGCUAUUUCCUCUUCAGGAAGUUCAGAUGGUCGUCCAGGGAAAAAGCUUCGAAUUCCAUCCAAGAGGAGGAUCACCCUGAAGAACACAUUUCCAGUAAGUGA